AGUCCCACACGGUGCAAGAGCGUAAUUGUUCCUUCUCAGCCCUUCGCCGCCGGGAACGGCAUCCGCAGCCGUUCCUUCCGAGGAGCUUCAAGGAUUUGACGCUGUUGGAUAAAUAACAAUGGAAAGUAAGUGUUUUAGAAACUCCGAAGAUGACGAACAGCCAUGGCGAGUUCUGGAAUUUUACAGUGGUAUUGGCGGGAUGAGGUAUUCACUGAUUAACGCCGCAGUAAACGCUGUUGUACUCGAAGCCUUCGACAUUAACGACGUCGCAAACGAUGUUUAUGAACACAAUUUCGGCCACAGACCUCAUCAGGGUAACAUUCAGACUCUGAGUGCUGCUGAUAUUGAUGGCUACAAGGCAGAUGCAUGGCUUCUUUCUCCUCCUUGUCAACCAUAUACUCGACAAGGCCUCCAGAAAGGUUCCAAGGAUGCCCGGGCCUCUUCUUUUCUCAAGAUUUUAGAACUCAUACCGGAUACAAAAAGGCCUCCACUAUUCCUUUUUGUGGAGAAUGUUGUAGGAUUUGAGACAUCAGAUACACACGAGAAGAUGAUGGAAAUCUUGGGGAAAAAUCAGUUUGUCACACAGGAAUUUAUUUUGAGCCCUUUGCAGUUUGGAAUUCCCUAUUCAAGGCCACGGUAUUACUGCUUGGCAAAAAGAAAACCUUUAACCUUUAGAAGUGCACAACAUGACAACCAGCUUCUCUGGAGCCCUGGCCCUUUACUUUGUCAGGAUGAAAACACAAUUGACAAAGAUGAUGACCAGUCACAGGAGUAUUGGGAUGAGUUGCUUCAACGUUGUCAGCCUAUAGAGAAUUAUCUUGAAUGGAAAGGUUCUGCAAAUGGAUGUGACUCCAAGUCCAACUUUUUAGCUGAUAAUGAUUCUGAAAAAGUAGAUAAAGAUGAUGGAGAUAUUGGACAUAACAGUGACUUCUCAAGUCAGUAUCUUGUUCCUUCAAGCUUGGUGAAAAGAUGGGGCAAUGCAAUGGAUAUUGUUUUUCCACACUCAAAACGUUGUUGCUGCUUUACAAAAAGCUAUUACCGAUAUGUUAAGGGAACAGGUUCCCUUUUGGCAACCAAGCAGGGAACAGAAAAAUGUAAAUCUUCAUUGGAGGAGCUAUGCCUUAGAUACUUCACCCCCCGUGAGGUUGCAAAUUUACAUUCUUUUCCAGCGAGUUUCCAGUUUCCCCAACACGUAAGCCUCAGACAGCGGUAUGCCUUGCUCGGGAAUAGUUUAAGUGUGGGAGUUGUUGCUCCAUUGCUUCAGUAUCUAUUUACAGAGCCUCCAUAACUCCAUUCAAAACAAACUCCAUUGAUGAAGGUCUAAAACUUUCCAUCGUUUUGUCACGAACUCACUAUCCAGAGGAAUUAUAUCAGUGCUUAGAUAUAAAAUGUAGGAUCUCAACCUUUUAUUAGAUCUAUAUGUUUUAUUAUAUACUUUUUAUGAUUAUUCUGGAUAAAAAAAGUUGCAUGUUUGUCCUUAUAGAUGAAUCUAAAUAGAAUCUGUAAUUUUAGUCUGAGAUGUCCCAUGUAAUGGCAUUGUAAUUGCAAAUUUCUUCAUUACUGCAUUGGUAUUUUGAUCAAAAGUUUUAGCAGGUUUUCUGUAUUGCUAACCUAUCUAAGGCAGCAAUAAUAGAACAGUGAAUUAUUCUA